GCCCCCCCUCAAACUAACGCUCUCUCUCUUUCUCUCUCUCUCCGUUUUCGCUCGCCCUCUCUCUGACGCUCAUCCGCCAUGAACAUCGUCAAGAGCUUCUUCACCUCCGCUCAUCGCCGCCGCUGCUCCCCGGCGCUCCUCGCGAAGCUCCGGCCCUUCUCCGUCGCGACCCCGGAGUAUGCGAAGAGGAACUACGCCAACAACGUGUCCGAGUACAACACCGUCAUCGGAUCCCUCGUCGCCAAGCGAAGAGGUUACUUGCUGAGAGAUGUGUAUGAUGAUAUGAUGCUUGAUGGGGUGCAGCCUGUGCGCGAUACAUUCCACGCUCUUAUUGUUGGCACAAUGAAAAAUAGCCGCCUACAGGAUGCCUUCUAUUUCCGCGAUGAGAUGAAAGCAAUGGGCUUACCACCUGAUGUUAAUCUUUACAACUUCUUGAUCUCGACGUGCGGAAAGUGCAAGAACUCUGAUGCGGCCAUUAAGCUUUUGGAAGAGAUGAAGAAGCAUGGGGUUAAGCUUAAAGGAGAGACCUAUAUUUGUCUUCUAAAUGCCCUGGCAGCAACUGGCCGCACGGAUCAAGUCUAUGCUAUCGUUCGUGAUAUGACUGCUGCUGGUCUCGGACUAAACAAGUUCUGCUAUGCUGGGCUUAUAACUGCAUUCAAAAACAAGACACCCAUAACUGAUGAGACAACUACUAAAAUUAUCGAGCUUGUCAAGCAAUCAAAGGGCUGGUCUUCCAUUGAUGCAUCGAGUGAUAGUGGAGAGAAUGUGAUGAUGAACGUUUCAGAGGAAGAACUAUAUAACAUCCCAACAGCAGAAUAUAUUCACAGACGAGGAUUCAUAAACAGGCAAUUGACAGUUUACCAUGUUGCUUUACAUGCCUGUGCAGAUUUGAAGAGUAAAGAGACAAUGGAAACACUUCUUGAUAUGCUUAAGAGUGAUGGCUAUUCUUACGAUGCCUUCAUAGUCAUGCAAGCUAUGAGGUGCUAUCUUCACUGUGGGGAUAUUGAUUCUGGUCUUAAGAUAUUUGAAGAGUAUACAAGCACAAGGCCCCCAACUGCUGAGUUGUUUGUGACGCUAAUUGAAGGGGCGAUGGUUGGAUAUACACCGAGAGGGAUGCAACUUGCUCAAGAUUACUUGGAGAAGAUGAACGCAAGAGGAUUCUACUUGAAUGCCAAGAUGGGAAGCGAUCUCCUCCUUGCAGCUGCUGGUGAAAGGACUGGCGGAUACACUACUGCAAAUUAUCUGUGGGAUCUCAUGCAGAGUCGCAAUAUCACUCCAUCGCUACCUGCUGUCGAGGCCUACCAUAAGGGUCUGAAGCAACGAGAAAUACCCGCAGAUGACCCGCGGCUUCUAUUGGUUAGCCGCACAUUAGAUAAUCUAAUGGACCGAUUUGGAGGGAGGGACCGAUUUGGAGGGAGGAGAAGAACCUAGAAGUGAACCUGCUUUCAUCAAAACCUGUUUCUUUUUUUAGCCCUUCGCCCUUACAUUUGUUGUUUUUUGUUGUAUGCUUUCGAGGAAGUUAGCAACUCUUCAAAUGUUGUUUGUUGAAGAUAAACAUCCUAAGAAAUAUUCAAAUGAGAAUAGAGAUGUGCUUCUGUUAGAUAUUCAGAAAAUAACUAAUGUAUUGAUGAUUAGUGUGAGGCGGCACUCAACUGCUCCAUUUUGUACUCGGUUAAAAUAAUGGGAUCGAUAUUGGAUUGUUACUAAUUCCUCAAUGAGAUAGGAAUUUUUGUUGAAUUAGAUUGAGGCGGCACUCAAGUGUAGACGUAUUGAAAUUGCCAACUCAUCAAUAAAAUUCUACGAUGUUAAUGCUUGAA